AUUCAGUUAACUGUUGCGGGUUGGUUGAGACAUACAAGCCCAUCUUGAUCGCAAAGUGUUGAGGAGCUAAACCUAGUGCAAAAUGAAAUCCAUGCUCAUUUUCGGCCUUGUGGCGAUGUGCGUGCUGGUGGCCAGCGCCAGCGAGGAGGCGCCCAAGAAGGCAGUCGAGGCGGCCGAGCCCGCCGAGAAGAAGCAGGAGAAGCGCGGCAUUGGUCACGGUUUGGGCUACGGCUACGGACCCUCCGCCGGCGGUGCCGUUCUGGGCUCCGGAAUCGGAGUUGGAGUUGGAGUCGGUGUCCCAGUUGCGCCCGCCGUCGCUGAGCUGCCCACUCAGGUGCACACCAACACCGUGGUGAGGACCGUGCAGGUUCCCUACCAGGUGGAGCGUCAUGUGCCCUAUCCCGUGGAGAAGACCGUCACCUAUCCCGUCAAGGUGCCCGUUCCUCAGCCCUACCCCGUUGAGAAGAUCGUCCAUGUGCCCGUGAAGGAGAUCGUCAAGGUGCCCGUCGAGGUGCCCCAGCCCUAUCCCGUCGAGAAGGUGAUCCGUGUGCCCGUGAAGAUCCCCGUCGAUCGCCCAUACACCGUGCACGUGGACAAGCCAUACCCGGUGCCCGUGGAGAAGCCCGUGCCAUACACCGUUGAGAAGCGCGUGAUCCACAAGGUGCCCGUCCAUGUGGAGCGUCCCGUUCCCUACAAGGUGGCCGUGCCCGUGCCCGUUCACGUUGAGAGCCACGUCAAGCCCGCUGUGGCUGUCACCCACACCGUUGCCGCCGCUCCCGCUAUCAUUAGCCACGGCAUCUCCGGCCACGGAAUCUCCGGCCAUGGAAUCUCCUCUUAUGGCGGCCAUGGCAUCUCCUCGUAUGGAGUCUCCGGACACGGAAUCUCCUCGUACGGAAGCUCCGGACACGGUGGCUACCUCCACAAAAAGUAGAUCAAUUUCGCAAAUGCUGUCGAGGGCCAACUGAGAAGUGAAAUCGGGUGAAGGCGAGUGAGCAGUCGAACAUCGCAUCGAACAAGUCGAUAAAAGUAUCCCAAAACGAAGUUUCAAGAUUCAAGCACCAACCCCACACCCAUUUUCCAAUGCCCAGCAACCGCCAACGUACGACUUACAAAUUUAGUUUUAGUUUGUGAUACCAACCGAAAUUCUGGUGGGAUCUGAAGCUGGAGAAAAACACUCAAAUCUAACGCAAAACCAAUCUAGAAAGCUUGCCAAAACCCAUUCUAUGGGGCGUUUUAGCGAGUGCCUGUCUCCUGGCUUCCGAUUCCACCGAGUGUACAGCUCUUUUGUAGACAACCACUGAGAAAUAACUGCUGACGAGUUGCUCCUUCGACUUUUUCAUGUCAAUUUCUUUUCUAUGAAAUGUUUGUACAUAUUUAAAUAAUGUAAAUAAAACGAAAAUUAAAAAAAAAAAA